GGCCCCCUAGCAACGCACCGGGCUCAUCUAGACCGUGUGUCCGUGUGUGUGUGUGUGUGAAGGAAUGCCAGGUUACACGGGCAUCGCAUGAGAGAAGUAAACACGGCGAGGUGUGAUCGAAGCAGACACCUGGGCCUCCCACUGACUUCCACCGCAAUGGGAUGCGGCGGCUCCACGAACACCGCGGUACAACCGCUGACACGAGAGCAGCUGGAUGGAGACGAGGAUGAGACAGGGAGUAAACUGGGUAGUCGUGGAGACUCUGCCGUGUCAAAGGGCACCACAGACAGUGGGGUGGGGAUGGAGAACAAAGAGAUCCCUGUGUUACCUGGAGCAGUGCCCAGAAAACUCCCUCCUCUGACAUCGGAGUGUGCCGGAGAAAGUGUGGCCGACAGAUUUACGCACAAUGGAUUGCUGCAGCAGGACAGCACAGUGCAGGAGCGUCAAAAGUCCAGUGAGAUACUGGAGGAGCUCCUGAACCAGGGCAUCAUCCCAGUGGGACAGACCCGAGGGGGGAGCAGCGGGGCUGGAGAAGCCUACAGCAUCAUGCUGGAUGACAGAGAUGUGGUCAGGCGAAGGCCUCCUGCAAGACUGGAGUCUCUGAGGGCCAAAAAAGAGCAAAGUCUCCCUAGCAGAGAAGAGAUUGAGGAGAAGAUAAGACUUGCUGAAGAGAGACGCAAGUUAAGGGAAGAUGAGCUCAAGAUGCGUUUAAGGACCAAGUCAGCGCACGUUCGUGUCCGCAAACCCAUCUCCAGUGUAGCAGAAGAUGAAGACUUAUCCCUCACGCCUCUCUGCCAGAUCACCAGUGAGCCACCUGAGGGACGAGAGAGUGCAAGAGAGAACAAAGGGCACGGCGGAGAGCGUGAAAAAGAAAUGGCCAGAGCAGAGAAGAGCAAAUGGAUGGAAAAGGAACGAACAAGUGGAGAGAACGGUGAGGACGGGGAUGAUGAUGAGGAGGGGGAUGAGGUGGAGUUGAGCAAGGGGGAUGAGGUCCAGUCGGGGCCGCUCCUCACUGCCUCAGGGGAGCUGGAGAGUGAUCCGAGCUUCCAACAUGCAGAAGACAAAGAGGAGAAAUUUAGGAUUAUUACAGAGACGAGCCAUUAAUCAGCAGUAAGAGAGAGAGAAAUGAAAGGAAGCUAAAAUUAUUCCUUUUGCACAGUUGAGAGGCCUGAUACAUUUAAGCUGUCAUCAGACAGUUAAAAUUAGGGAAGCACACAUUUUAUUAAUAUCAAUGUGAGGGUUUUCUUUCCAAAUCAAAGUAAUUUAACUGAGUGAAUGAUUUAAUGAAUAUAAUCAAGACUUAAUGUUCUCGCCAACACACCAAACGGAUAUUUGUUCUGAAUUGCAUUUGUCUAAUUUUGCAUAUAAAGGGUGAGGUGUUCUGUUGGGCACAAGAUGGCGCUGUUUCAGUGGGUUUACAUUGUGUUAUCCACCUGAGGUCUGUGAACCCCUUCUGGAGGUUUUGGUGACAAGAUGAGGAUGUUCCUUUUAAAAAAUGUCUAUAAGCCGAUGUUGUCGAUGAUCAAUAAAAGCUCCUCUUUUGUUAA